AUGACGCAUCAUAUUCAUCGACAUCAGCAUCAUUUAGCAUGGGAUAAUUCGAUUCCUCCGGUUGCUACGAUCGAUNAGAGUUACAAUGCACUUAUUAAUGCCGUUGCAAAUGGCGAUUAUGAUAUGGUUGUUGGUGAUGUGACAAUCUAUGCCGAUCGACGAAAAUUAGUUACUUUCUCCGCCGGAAUUUUUGAUAAUUCCUUACGAAUUAUCACACGUAUUACGCCCAUCGAACCAGUCAAUUAUUGGUCUUUCCUACGACCCUUUUCAUGUCAUCUUUGGAUAAUCAUCAUAUGCGUUAUUGUCUGGUCGGCUAUUUUGAUAUUUUUGUUUGAAUGUCGGCGCAAUCGAACAAUGAAACGUAAAUCUCUCAUUCAUCAAUUUGAAUUAAGUAUGUAUUACGCGUUUGGAACUCUUGUUGGAUAUAAUUGGGAUUAUCGUAUCAGGACGCUGAUGAGUCGAUUAGUAACUGCUGCUAUAUACAUUCUCAGUUUUGUUCUAGUAGCGCAAUAUCAAGCGAAUCUGACGUCUGAUUUAACAGUAGCUAAGACAAAUAACAUAAUUUCUGGUAUUGAGGACUUGAAAAAUGGAAAAGCUGCACCUGGACGGAUAGGUAUUCGUACGAAUACGGCUAUUGAAACCUUUUAUUUACGAGAAGUAUCCGGUGGUAGUCGAGAUUUUUAUCCAUUACGCACAAAAGGUGAAACCUUUCAGAAACUCUUGACGAAUGUAAUCGACGUAGCUUUGAUGGAUAGUGGCGUGUCAGAAUAUUUCGUUGGGAAUGUUUACUGCAAUUUAACAUUAGUUGGCGCGCCUGCUGAUUACAGUCAGUUUGGAAUUGUUACUCAAAAGAACUGGAUUUAUCAACAAGUUUUAGACGUAAAUAUCCUAUCAUUGCGAGAAUCAGGUGUAUUAGAUAGUUUAAAAACGAAAUGGUUUCAAACCAGUUAUUGUUCGAAUACAUCGUCGAUACUAGUUGAUCAGCUGUCGAUUGGAACAAUGGCUGGUGUAUUUAUCAUAUUCGGAAGUAUAAGUAUUCUGGCCUUAUUAUUAUUUAUGUGCCAAUACAUGGUAGUCGUCAAGUGUCAUUUCUCUGGAUUAGUCAAGAAAUGUAUUUAUUCCAUACGUCGUACCGUUCAACCCAGUACUAAGCGUGAUAUUCUCCGAACUCCUGCUCUUUAUUCAAUUCCUCGUAGUUCUUCGAACAGUUCAAUUGCCAGUCACAACACUAAAUUUUGA